GAAAAAAUAUACAUGUGUGCAUCGCCUUAGGUUUUGCUUUCCUUCGCAGCUCUCUCGGCAGCCGCCUGCUCCCCUUGCUUCGCCGCGGCGUCGCCGCCUCUCCUUUUCCGGUUGCCAUUGGUUGCUGCAAUUGCCAGAAAUGUCGGCCUAUUGUCUCCCGUGCAAUCCCACGAGAUUUCCCUACUGCAAGAUGCCGGCUGGAGUAUCUAGUUCGUUGCAUUGCUUUGUUUCACCACUGAAUCAAAGUUUCGCGGACAAGAUUCAACAUAUUAACUCUAAGGGCGGAUGCCUCAUCUGUUGCAGGAAAUAUUCUACUUCUGUGGAUAACAUAUGUGUAUCUAGGAGAUCUUACUUGGCUAAAACAUUGGUGCGAGCAGCUUUCGGUGAUACGCCUGGCGAUUCACCUUCUGUGUUUCCUAGGAUCCAUGUUAAGGACCCAUAUAAGCGGCUUGGGAUAAGCAGAGAAGCAUCCGAAGAAGAAAUUCAAGCUGCUAGAAAUUUUUUGGUGCAAAAAUAUUCUGGACAUCAACCAAGUGUCGAUGCAAUUGAAUCAGCUUAUGAUAAGAUCAUCAUGCAGAGCUUAUACAAUAGGAGGAGACCAAAACUAAAUUUAGACAAGAAAGUGAGAGAUAUUACUCAAUCACCAGUAUAUAAGGCUGUGACAAGUAGAUUUGAAGCUCCAUCCACUAAAGUCAUCUUAAAGACAGCCUUAGCAUUCAUUGUGCUUGGAGUGCUCACAGUUCUCUUUCCAACUGAGGAAGGGCCAACACUUCAAGUGGCCAUUUCACUAAUAACAACAAUAUAUUUCAUACAUGAAAGACUUAAGAGUGGCUUGCGAGCAUUCUUAUACGGGGUUGGGGCUUUCAUAUUUUCAUGGCUGCUGGGCACAUUCUUGAUGGUCUCUGUAAUGCCACCGUUACCAUUACUCCAGGGUCCUAGGAGUUUGGAAGUGAGCACAUCCGUAUUAAGUUACAUUCUUCUGUGGGUUUCAUCCACUUAUUUGAAGUGAUUAUGUUACCUAGAUCCUUUUAGUGUUAAGUAAACGAAGAACAAUCAUCAAACUCAUGUAGUUAAUAUUUAUCUUUUGAGAAGAGCUGUAGGAAAUCAAAUUGAUUUGGCAUGUGCACAUAAUCUCCGAUGUGAAAAAUAUGUUUUCUUUUCGGGAAGAGUUGAUGUAACAUGUGAAUUGAUCCACCAAGGGAAUCUUAUUCCUUUUC